AGUAAACGAAGCACACUGGCAAUAACUGUAAUCUUUAAUCAUUGUGACUGAACUUUGUACAGGAGGUGCAUGGGUAAUGUCUGAUAGAAGUACAUGUUCGUUGUCAAUUGUCAAUACACCUGACACCACAGUCCACAGAAGUAUAUUACGUCAAACUGUAUCACUCCAUGUGAAGAAUAGACAUGUAUUCAGGCUUCCUUUUAUUCCAUAGCUGUACAGACUACGAGUUCUAGUUCACCAGGUCAGUGCACAACGUUAUGAAAACCAGACUUGUUUGAAAUCGUGAUAAUAUCAAGAUGGCAUCGGAGAAGUAUAUUUGCUUAGAUGACUUUGAGAAGGAGGGCCAGACCAAAAUCCCCUCCUGGUUUGUUGAUUAUUACGCAACAGGUGCUGAUGAAGAGGUAACGCUACGAGAUAGUCGGCUGGCAUUCAAAAGAUAUCGUCUGCGUCCCAGAAUCCUACGUGAUGUGUCCAUCCGGGACCUUUCUACUACCAUCCAGGGUCAACCAAUCAGCUUUCCUGUCUGUCUAUCACCGUCGGCAUUCCAUAAACUAGCCAUACCAGAAGGAGAGAAAGAAACAGCUAGAGCCGCUGAAAAAUGUGGUACUUUAAUGUGUUUGAGCUCGAUGUCGAGUACGACUAUGGCCGAUGUCGCUGACGCUGCUCCAUCUGGACUCUUCUGGAUGAAUAUCUACAUUCUUAAGAAUCGUGACGUCACCAAGCAUUUAAUCCGAGAAGCAGAACGGUGUGGGUUCAAAGGGUUAAUCAUGACGAUGGACUCACCAAAGCUGGGUAAUCAUGUAAGGACAGCUCGAAGACGAAUGUAUGACGUUUUAGACGACAGAUUUGUGAGGGCAUCCAAUUUUGAUAUUCCUCAUAUCCCCGAGGUUGUAGAAGCUAAGAAGAAAGAACCACUCCUCAUCAAAUAUUUUGUUAGUCAGGUCUCUGACUCGCCAACCAUUGAAGAUGUUAAGUGGAUAAAGACUCUCACCAAACUUCCUAUCAUCGCUAAAGGAGUAUUAACAGGAGAGUCAGCGAGAAUGUUGGCUGAAGGCGGUGUGGAUGGAAUUCUAGUUUCAGCUCACGGAGGGAGGCAACUCGAUUACUUACCAGCACCGAUCGAUGCUCUAUCUGAGGUAGUAGAGGCUGUGCGUGGGUAUCCUGUAGAGGUGUACAUGGAUGGAGGAGUAAGGAGAGGAACCGAUGUCUUCAAGGCAUUAGCCAUGGGUGCCAGAGCUGUCUUCAUUGGUCGGCCUGCCCUGUGGGGGCUUGCUUGUAAUGGCGAGGAAGGUGCUGCGCAGGUCUUAGAAAUCCUAAGACAGGAGUUGAGCCUUGCCAUGGCAUUAUCAGGUUGCUCCAAAUUGAGUGACAUCAAGUCUUCAAUGGUAGUUCACGAAUCUUACUAUCACAAUGCAAAACUUUAACGUCAAGGAUCUUCCUGCAUGUUUCGAUAAAGCCACCUCCGACUGGUACAUACGGAGACCCCCCCCCCCGAAUAUUCCUGUUAAACUGCUCAAUAAUAAAGUGAAGUGAUAUGACGGAUGAUAAGGGGAUAAAUGGCAUAUCAGGGAUUGUCAAAAAGAGCCUUGAAAACUAUAAUAACAAUAAUAAUAUAAUAAUAAUAACAACAUUUAUAAUGUGCACAUAUCCACCCCAAGAGAUGCUCAAGGAGCCUAACAAGGUAAAUGCAUAAGUCUACAAUCACAGUCUUCAACAUAGUGAAUGUUUCAAGGGGGAUCAGGGGCACCCGAUUCAUUCCUAUCUGCAGUGAUGUCCUACUGGGUAGUACAGCUUGUGCCCCUAUAAUUAAAUGGCUUAAAUGGGGAGGGGGAAGAAGAAGGAAGACAUUGGGAGAAAAAGAAGAGAAAAGAGGAAGAUAGGAUCUCUCCCGAAUCUUUCACGCCUCAUUCUUCCUUCUGCCUAAUUCUCUUUAUCUCUUCAGCACAGCUAUCACAUUUUUACUCCAUUUACCAUCUCCUCCUGUCAUCUUCUCAUACAUCUUUUUCAAUCCGAUCCCCCAACACCAUUUUUGUAUAUGAAAUUAUCAAGCUGUAUAAAGAAUUUGCCACACCUUCUAGGAUAGCUUUUGUGGCUAUCCUUCUUCGUGAUUAUUUUAUGUUAGUAUUACAAUGUAAGUAUUUUACGUUGAUGAUUGUAUUCGUUAUAUGAAUUGUUUAUUAUCAUUAUUAAGUUGUAAUUAGUUUUUAACUUUGGAAAAGACCAUGAAGAGAAAUGAAUAAAUGAAAUCCAAUUAAAUAUCCACAGAUGGAUACAUGGCCUUGAUAAUUCUCAUUAUUUUACUCAACGAGAACGUGUAAAAAGACUUGUUUACUUACAUCUCUAUUGUAUGUCAAAGUACAGAUACUUCUGUUAAGUCUCCUUAGAGGAUCAAUGCAAAUCAUCAAAUUAUUCAAAUAAAGACAAAUUAAAACAUGACUGUUUUAACAGCGAUCUUUGGUCUAUCAAUUUAUAAUUCAAAGUAACAUAUUAAAAUAAUGUUAGCAGAAGGCCUAUGUCAGAAGUCACGUGCUUUGUGUUCCUCUUCUAUUGACAGUAUCAAUGUCAAUAACGGAAAUAAUGUUUUAUUUUGCUCAUCUAUUUUUCUAUGUUUGUGAGAGUAUCAUGCAAUAUCACGUUCGCAAAAAUGAUCCGAACCUUAUACUUCUCAGGCAAUUUUCUUUAAAUCAAUAUGAUUAUAAUAACAGUGAACAUUUUGUCGAAAAUGACACUCCUGGCGCAGUUGUGUGGAAAUUGUAAAAUAAAUUGUAUAUUAUGAUUAUAAAUUGAUAAGAAGGCGUGUUGUUAAUAUAGUUAUGUCUGUACAUUUCAAUAGAUGGCGCUUUUUUUUUUUAUUGCGCCUGAUUUGUUUUCUCCGAUAUAAAAUGAGAUGAGUUUGGCGACCAAAGAAUAAAAAAUCUAUGUGAUGCGUGAAAUAUUAUUAUACCACCGAAUAAAAUAAUACAAUGACAGCAAUGAUUUUGAUAACUAUUCGUAAAAUUUUGAAGAUAAUCUAUUCGUCGUGAUAUAUCUACUCGUGAUUUGUGUAAUAUGAAGAAUAAAACAAAGUAAUCAACAACGUUCAUCAGAGCCAGAAU